AUGACGCCGGAAGAAAUCCAGCACUUGCUCUUCAAGAUGGGCAGAAUAUGGAGGCCUGCCUACGUCAACGGGUGGCGGGUCAAAGCGGAGGUGUUCACAGAAACUGUACACGGCAUUCAAAAUGGUGUGAUGGCUCACUCGCACACCAAACCUCAGCUGAAACAAGUUCACUGCAUGCGCAGAUACGGAGUUAGACUCGCGGUAGCACAAUACCAUUUCAAGGGAUUAGGAAUCAUGAUGGCCACAAUAAUAUGGAUAGUGAAAGACAUGGCAAUCGUUAUUCUGUAUGGUUUGGAGUGUGAGAAGUUUUAUAUAGCUAUAGAAGACGCUGAAACGGCCUGUAUACAAUUGAUGAAGAACAGAAAUUGUCCAGGCAAGUAUGAUUACGCUUCCACUGGGAAGUUCACACACCCAGAUAAAAAUUUAUUCUACAACAUUAUCUCAGUCACCACUUGCCUUGUACUAGUGCUUAUCUACUUCUACUGCAUUUUUAAGGAUUGCUUCCACAUUGCUUGGGAAGGCCUACUUCUCGCAAAAUAUGUCAAUUACUGCUUUGGAUACCUCGUAUAUGUAGUCGGAGUAAUCAUAGCAUACUUCUUCAACAUAAAAAAUAGACACAGCAACGUUGUUUUUGCUUUAAAAAUCCAGCGCAUAUGUGAAAUUUUCAAAAUCCAUGGCAAGAGUUUGAAGAGUUUGAUUGUUAUAAACUGGGUUCUUGUCAUCGUCUUGAAUUCCUAUCAGAUAUUCUGGGUUUUUUUCUUCUAUUACGCCUUUUCGCGCUAUGGGUUUCCCAUCGAAGAGCUGGUCCCCAACUAUUUUCAUAUUCAAUUUGAUGUCAAUGCUGUUCACACCUCGAGAAUAAUGAAACUGAUGUGGCAAACGCUUCGCACUUGGCUGGAAGGUUUGCAAAACGUGUACAUAGUCGAAGAUGAAGACGUUGAACACUAUUGGAGGAAUAUUAUUGCCGUUUAUAAGGAAAUUAUUGAAGCUUAUGACAUUUUUCGCAAGUCUUUUCAAGUGUUGAUUUUAAGUUAUGUCUUUCACGUCUUCACAAAUGCGUUAUUGUCAAUUGGAUUGCGCAUUGAAAUUGGCAAAGCCUCUGGCGGCAAAGGUAUGUUUGCACUAACAGCAUUUAUAUCCCUAUUAUGGCUGGUGAGGAGUAUGCUGAUAAUUAUAACUUUAAGUAUAGAAAGUGAGAGGCUUUACACAGAACUGAAAGAAGUUAGAAGCAUUUGCAUACAAAUUAUUGGAUCCAAUACGUGCUCAGAAGUAAAAAAGAGAAUUUGCAAAAAUAUUCUUCGAAUACAGAAGACCAGCUUCAGGAAAUUCAACGCGUGUGGUCUAUUCGUUGUAGACGGUAUGCUACCCAUACAACUGUGCGGUCUCAUCACAACAUACUUGAUUGUUAUAUUACAGUUUGAGUUUCUGUAG